ACCCGUCCUUGAAAACCUUGCGUGACAUACGUUGGUCUUGACUGUGGAGUCUGAGUGCGCCUUUGACUCAUUUUGUGCAAAGCGAAGCGGGAAAGAAGAGAGAGAUAAUCCAGGAGGGGGCUAGGGCACGCUUCUCUAUUUGUUUCGCCAUUCCACCAAACUGCUUGAGUUUGGGCUCUGCAACUUCACAAUUUCAAGAUUGGUUGUAUUUGUGAGAUCAUUUCUCUUAAAAGAUUGAAAGAGUACCCUGAUCACUCGGUAGAAUGUCGGGCAGGAAAGAGACAGUCUUGGAUUUGGCAAAGUUUGUUGACAAGGGUGUCCAAGUCAAGCUUACUGGUGGAAGACAAGUGACAGGGACCCUGAAAGGAUAUGAUCAAUUAUUGAACCUUGUUUUGGAUGAAGCCGUAGAGUUCCUAAGAGAUCCAGAUGAUCCACUGAAGACUACUGAUCAGACCAGGCGUCUUGGCUUAAUCGUGUGUAGGGGAACUGCCGUGAUGCUUGUAUCACCUACUGAUGGAACUGAUGAGAUUGCGAAUCCUUUCAUCCAGCCAGAUGGGGCUUAAAUCUCUAGACUUAUUAUGUAGCUGCCUUCUUAACAUUUGGUUUUUUUUUCAUUUAAGAUAUUCUAGAGUUUGAAUUUAGUUUCUGUUUUGUCUACUUGAAUGUCAUUGUCUAUUAAUGUGAAAUAGUAGCAGAUGCCAUAUUACAUUCUGUGAUUUCUUUGAACUGAUCAGGUGUUUUGGUGCCCCUGCGAAGUGAAUAUGAUUUAAAUAGGCGGUCUUUCUAAUUGUAAUCACUUGCAGGUUAUCCAUGGUAUGAUUAUACAACAUUUACUGAAAUUGCAAAACUGCUAGUUCCAAUCAA